AUGUUCGCGCUCACCUCCAAGCCCGCGGUCGCCGCCGCCAAGGUUCGCGUCGUCUCCGACCGCAAGAAGAUCUCCGCCCACGCGCAUCGUGCAGCGUCGGUCCCCCGCCGCGGGCUCGCGGUGGUGGUGAAGGCGACCGCCGACGACAAAAACGCCCCGUCCCGUCGCGAUAUCCUCUCCGCGCCCGGACUCGCCGCGCUCCUCUCCGCGGCCGUUCCCGCGGAGCAGCUCUGGCUCCCCGGCAUGGCCUCCGCCAAGGGGGAGGGAGGCAUCAAGCCCACGAACGUCACCGGAUUCGACGACUCGAUCGCGGCGGCCAAGCUCGGCCCCAUCGGAGGCGCGGUCCCGUGCUCCGACUACAAAGCCUGGGAGAAGACCAUCUACGGAUUCAUCGACGGCAUCAAGACCGGCGAGUGCCCGCCCGCGUUCAAGAACGCCACGCGCGCGUUCCUCCUCAAGCAGGACGGCGUACCCGCCGGCCAAGAUCCCCUCGUCAUGCUCACCGUGCUCAUCCCCGAGGCGGACCAAAAGGCGGGACUCGCCUUCUUCGUCAACAAAGGACCCAAGGCUAACCCGCUGUGGGCCACCGACGACAUCAAGGCUUUCACCACGCUCGACCCGUUCACAGCCACCGCGUCCGUCGCCAAAUUCGUCCGCGGCGUCCCGCCAAAGUCGACCAAAGGACUCUGGUUCGGGCAGUACAACCUGGGCUGGAACGGCAAGUUCGACGAUUGGACCCCGGCGUUCACCUCCCCGGAGGCGGACGCGUUUCACAACUCCCUCGGCGUCGAGUUCUCCGUGGCGCACCAGAUGGACCUCAAGGACCCGGGCAACACGUACAAGCCCAAGGCGAAGAUCGGCAUCGAGGUGUUCCACUGCUUCAACUCGUUGGCGGGGGCGCAGGAGCUGGGCAAGGCUUUCAACCCGGAGUCCCCCUUCUUCGUCGACGAGCCGAGGUACGUCGGUCCUUACGACGCGACCAUCUGGAAAAUCAUGGACGACAUCGACUACACCGCGUGAGUAGUUAGGAUUCGAGUGCGCGAGUCGGCGAGUGCGACCCUCUCUUCGUCACUUUUUCAUCGUCGGACACUUUUUAAAUCGUCACUUG